AUGCCGCCCAAGCGCAAAGCAGACGCGCCGUCUGCGCCAUCCACCUCAACCGGUCCCGCCCCACGCAUCGCCCACUGGCUGAUGAAAGCCGAACCCGACCCGCGGCUCGAACGCGGUAUCGACGUGGCCUUUUCCAUCGACCAUCUUCGCACCUGCCACACUACCGCCUGGGACGGCGUACGCAACCCGGAAGCCAAAACGAUUAUGAAAGAGCGCAUGCGCUUCGGUGACGACGUCCUGUUCUACCACUCCAACACCAAGGUACCCGGUAUCGCGGGGUUAGCCCGCAUCAGCUCGCGGCAGAGCUACCCGGAUCCUAGCGCGUUCGAUCCCAAACAUCCGUAUUUCGAUCCGCGGAGUGAGAGGGAAAGUCCGAAGUGGUGGUUGGUCGACGUGGAGUUUGUGGAAAAGUGGGAGCGGUUGGUGCCUUUGGGGUUGUUGCAGAAGUUGGCGGGGAUGGCGAAGGAUGGAGUGCUGACGAAGGAGCAGAGGAACGAAGUGGGGUUUUUGGACGAGGACAAGCUGAAUGCGAUCAAAGGGAUGGCGCUGCUGAACAGGGGGAGGUUGAGCGUCCAGCCGGUGACGGAAGAGGCGUUUGAGGCGGUGGUGUUGCUCAGUAAGAAGGGUGGAUGGGAGCAUUGGCCUGGCAAAUGGAAUCCAAAGGCGAGCUCGGCGGCGUCUUCUAAGACGAGCGCGAAGAACGAGACAGGGGCAACAGUGGCCAAUGUAGAGGAGGACGAGAAGCCCAAAGCAACAAGGAAGGCAGCUCGCAGUACAAACACUGACAAGCCGGCGGCAGCAAAGAAGGCCAAGGUGGAGAACAUUCCGUCAUCUCAAGCGACAGAAGGCGUCCGACGAUCUUCUCGUCGCCGCAGCGGCGUGUGA